UGAAGAUUACAUUACAUAUCUAUAAACCAAGUAGUGAUAUAUCGCAAUAAUUGCCUUAGCCAAGGGAAUUCCAGGCACUCCAUGAUCUGCAGCAACGUUUUCUGCGCUGCCGGCCUGUCCCUCUUCUCGAGUCCGAGAUAAUGUCUCAGCUAUUUACGUCCGCGAUUAUGGGGUCGUCGCUCUUUCACUCUCGCGAGAUCGACACUCCGUUUUCCCAAACCCUAAUCCCCCAUUUCCUGCUCGUGACAUCAGCUAAUUCUUUCUCUUGCUCUCAUCUUCAGAUGAUGCUGAUAUAUAAGCGCUAGGUUCUAAUGACUCCUGUUGGAUUCGUUUUCCGGAGUAAAUGACCAGGUUGUUGAAGCAAAUGGAACACGAAAAAAAUCCUGUCCUAGAAGCAAGUUCCAUGCAGGAGAUAGAGAUAACGGUUGCCUCUGAAAAAAUUGAUCUUCUUCCCGUAGCAACUGAGUCAUCUUGCAGUUCUCUUUGCCCUUUUUCCAAACGAGAACAUAGCCUUCAGGCAUCCGAAGAGUCAUCAAAGUCGGCAAAGAAACUUUGUGGACUCAUAGUUUUCUAUGCUAUGGUUAUGCUUGUAGAAGCUGUUGGUGGCUUGAAAGCCAACAGCCUUGCUAUUAUCAGUGAUGCUGCGCAUUUGCUUUCGGAUACUGCUGGAUUCUCUAUCUCUCUAUUUGCGGUGUGGGCAUCAGGUUGGGAGGCAACACCACAACAGUCUUUUGGAUACAAUCGGCUUGAGGUUCUGGGUGCUCUUUUUUCUGUUCAGUUAAUCUGGCUAAUAUCUGGCUUUUUGAUGUAUGAAGCUGUGGGGAGACUUUUUUACAGAAAGGCCAGGGUGAAUGGCAUGCUCAUGCUUUCAAUUGCAGCACUUGGAUUUUCUCUUAACUUAAUUAUGGUUUUAUGGCUUGGUCAUGAUCACAGUCACCACCACCACCACCAUAGCUGUGGAGACUUAAAUCAUGAUCAUGGAAAGGAGGAGCUGCAUAAUAACAUGACUGAUGAAAAGGAGCUUAGUCUAGUCUCGAGUAGUCCUAGAAAAAGAAAUGUACUGAACAUAAAUUUGCAGGGGGCCUAUCUGCAUGUCAUGGCUGAUCUGAUCCAAUCUGUCGGGGUGAUGAUUGCUGGAGCUGUAAUAUGGGCUAAACCAGAUUGCAUUCUGAUGGAGAGGACACCAAGUGAGAUCAAUAUCACGAAGCUGGAAAGUGACCUCAAGGGUAUGAAGGGAGUGGAAGACAUCCGCGACUUGCACAUCUGGGCCAUUACUGUUGGGAAAAAUGUUCUUUCUUGUCAUGUAGUUGCUGAGCCUGGGAUCGGUUCCACUGAUUUACUCAACAGGAUUAGGCAUUACUGUGAAAAAGCACACAAAAUUCAUCAUGUAACCGUACAAAUUGAGUAGGGAUGCGGCGUCUCCCCUUUCUACUUUACUACGGUUGUGGUUGUUUAGCAAAAGCUUAAGUUCAUUCAAAAGCUGAUAUCUGACACCCUAAACUAUGGAUUUUGUAUGAUUCGAUCCCACCGGCAGCCUUUACACUUCUGACAAUA